GUGAGGUCACAGAGGAGACGGAAUGUGGAGAGACAUGGUCUGAAUUCAUAUGUGCAUAUCCUAAAACAAGUGGAAAAUAUCAACUGCGUGACAGCCACAACAUACCACUAAAUAACAUGAAAACUCUUAAGGUGAUCAUCAAGCAACAUGAAAACUUGUGGAACCAGCGGUGUAACCGACCUGGAAACUCAUCUGAGUCAGUGGAGCUGGAGUUUGAAGUUGAGGAUAAAAAAUGCCCGAAAACCCGACUUCAAAAUACAUACAGAGGAAUUGAAACCACCAUCACAUGUGAUCAUUCAGGAAACAAACAAAAGCCAAAGUUUUUCUGCAAAGACAAGGAUUACAUCUGUGAGGAUUUUUUAUCAAACAACUCCUCUCUGAUAUCAGACGGGAGAUUCAGCAUCACAGACACAGAAAGUGGUUUCGGUGUGUCCAUCAGUAAUGUGUCCCCACAAGAUGCUGGUGUUUACUGGUGUGGAGUUCAGUCAAGAGAUGAAAAGCACAUACAGACAGUGUUACUCACAAAAAUACAACUGGAGGUUAAACGAAUUAGUUUCUCCACACGAUCCCCAACUAUUGGAACGAACUUCACAUACUGGUGUGGUUACAAGAGAGCUGAUUGUGACAUCAACUGUACAAAAUUCAUCUGUAAGGGAGAAGAUCCAUAUAGGUGUGAACGUCUAGCAAGCACCACAGAGCCUGAUUUGAAUGAAAGGUUUUCCAUGACAGACGACACAACAGAAAAAAAUAUCACCAUAACAGUCAGAGAAGUAACAGCAAACGACACCGGGACUUACUGGUGUGGAGCAGAAAGCCGUGAUCAACAACACAACCAGCAGUUCUUCCACAAACUCUCCAUAAAUGUUGGUGAGUCGUGAUACUUUAUUGUGUGGAUGGUACCUGACCCUGAUUCGUCUUGUACGGAGGUUAUGAACAGAUGGCAUUUCCGUUCACCGUGGUGA